UGGCUUGAAAACUUUUAAAAAGCUGUUUCAGUGCUUCAAGUUAGGGGGGAGUUUUUUGUUUUGUUUUUUUAAAAACAAGGUCUCAGCACUUUUCUUUCAGGAAAGGGGGAGGAAGGACAACCAGACAAAAGAGCAGGAGGCUUUUAAAGUUUAAAUAGGCAGGUUUGGGUGCCUGAAGUAGUGUCCUUUAACCCUCUGAGGAACUGAAGCACUUGUUUUACCUUCUUCACUGCUAACUCACAAGGUAAGGAUGGAACUUUCUUACCCUUUGAGUGAGUUUCAAGGAAAUCUUCUGAAACUAUUACUUGAACACUUUGACUUGAACACUAAAUGUAGCAGCCAGUGAAGAUGGGUGAUUGGAGUGCUCUGGGAAGGCUCCUUGACAAAGUCCAAGCCUAUUCGACUGCAGGAGGGAAGGUGUGGCUGUCUGUCCUGUUCAUCUUCCGAAUUUUGUUGCUCGGGACAGCGGUGGAGUCUGCCUGGGGAGAUGAGCAAUCAGCGUUCCGGUGCAAUACCCAACAGCCUGGUUGCGAAAAUGUCUGCUAUGACAAAUCCUUCCCAAUCUCCCACGUGCGCUUCUGGGUUCUGCAGUUCAUUUUUGUGUCAGUGCCAACACUCCUGUACUUAGCACAUGUGUUCUACGUGAUGCGGAAAGAAGAGAAGCUAAACAGGAAAGAAGAAGAGCUGAAGCUUGUCCAAAGUGAGGGUGUGAAUGUAGACAUGCACCUCAAACAAAUAGAAAUUAAGAAAUUCAAGUACGGGAUUGAAGAGCACGGCAAGGUCAAAAUGCGCGGGGGACUGCUCCGCACCUACAUUAUCAGCAUCAUUUUCAAAUCUGUCUUUGAGGUGGCUUUCUUAGUCAUACAGUGGUACAUCUAUGGGUUCACUCUGCAAGCCAUUUACACUUGUGAACGGGUGCCUUGCCCACACAAGGUGGAUUGCUUCCUCUCCCGUCCCACAGAGAAAACUAUCUUCAUUAUCUUCAUGCUAGUGGUAUCUUUAGUUUCUCUCAGCUUGAACAUUAUUGAAAUCUUUUAUGUCACCUUCAAGAGCGUUAAGGAUCGCAUGAAGACAAAAAAUGAUCCUUUCUCUCCCAACAGUGGCUUGAGUCCCUCCAAGGAAUGUGGAUCCCCAAAAUACGCCUACUUCAAUGGUUGCUCCUCUCCAACUGCUCCCUUGUCACCCAUGUCUCCACCAGGAUACAAGCUUGUCACCGGAGACAGGAACAAUUCCUCCUCCUGUCGUAACUACAAUAAGCAAGCCAGUGAACAAAACUGGGCAAAUUACAGUGCAGAGCAGAAUAGGAUUGGACAGGCUGGGAGCACCAUCUCCAACUCACAUGCCCAGCCCUUUGAAUUUGCUGAUGAGCCCCAGAACACUAAAAAGAUGGGCUCUGGGCAUGAGCUGCAGCCUCUCACUGUUGUGGACCAAAGGCCCCCGAGCAGAGCCAGCAGUCGGGCCAGCAGCAGACCUCGACCUGAUGAUCUGGAGAUCUAACCCUUCCUAGUGACAUUACUUAACACAACUAUGAUAUGAAAUGCAUUAGAAGAUGCACAUGUGGCACUCAUGCGGUUUCAUUGGAGGUGGUACUUUAGCAAUCUCAGCCAGGAGAUUUUAGCAAACAUUAAACAAAAAAAGAAAAAACUUGGGGUGUUUUUUUUUAAGUGAGAAGCUGGGGUGGUGUGGGGAAGUACAGCACAUGUUGGUAUUUAAAGUAGCUGAUUUUAAAACUUAAAUGCUAAUUUUUUAAAACAUAAACACUACAGUAGGUUUUUUUUUGUUUUUUAGAAAGAUCAUAAAUGUCUGGAUAUGUGUGUGUAUAAUAUGCUGAUUUUUCUAAAGAGUUUUGUUUUUGUUAUACUAAAAAAAAGUUAAUUGAAAUGGAUGAAAUGGAGAUGGUAUUCUUUUAUUGAACAGCUGACAGACUUAGGUCAGAUUUUGAUCAUUUUCCUGUUAUGAACAUUCCAUUGUUAAAAUUUGCACUUUGAAGGAACACUCCCUGUUAUGAAUUUGUCAGUCUAUACACUCAAGCAAGUAUAAUCUGUUUCCUUGAAAUCAGUCAACUACAUUUCAAACAUGGUCCACCCAUAUAUUUUGGCCAUGUGCUUCCUGUACUUCAGGCAGACAGAUCUAAUUGAGGGUGUAGGUUGGAGGACCUGAACUCUGCACCAUUAUUGCUCACUAGAAGAUUCUGAUGACUACAAAGAGUUUUCACCAGUUACUAGGAAACAGUUGGUCAGGUGUAAUGUGUGAAGCUAGACAAUCAAGUCAUUUUUGUUUAAUGAUAUCAUCUACUGGCUGCAAACAGAAGUCCCACUGAAAUUGAUGGAAUUUGAAUAGUUUGGAUGGAAGUGCAGUUACUGAGUGCAAUGUAGCAUGACUGAAUUGAUGGGAACUUUUUUUUGACUUCAGUGAUACAUGGAUGACAACCAGAGGGAGUUCCUGUCUUGAUGGACCAACACAUUCACUUCAAUAAAGGGGACAGGUUUACACCCAUUAAAACAUUGAAGUGAAUGGAAUGGUCAUUUGUACAGGAAGUUUUGUGCAUACAUAAGGUUCCCCACAUCUACUGCACAGAGUUGAGACAAGUGUGCUUAUUUGUGUGUUAUUUCUAAAGACCUAUUUAGAAGGCAUGAAAACAUCCAAGUGCACAAGGAUGAUACACUCUCACACUAAUAUGCACACAAAAUGUUUAAACAUUUGGGGGUUUUAUAAGUAAUGAUGGUGUUUACAUUAAAUGAUUCCAGCAGUGCAAACCAAUCUGAUAGAAACUGUAAUAAUAUUUUCCUAUAUUUGACUAUAGCCGUUUUAUAAAUUUUAUGGAAUACGAAUACCAUCUUAAGAAUCAAAGCCCACUAACCUUUGAAAAACUCCCCUAUGAAUUCCAAAAGGAAGUAGUGAGUAAAGCUUCCAAAGUCACAUACUUUCCAUAUAAAUGAUUUCCUUAUGUCAGUGUUGAGAAGGAAGAAACCUGCUGGGUUACUCAGCCCAUUUCUCUGACUAGUAAUGACUUAUGCUUGAAUAACAGAGAAGGUAGUACUGUGGAGACGGAGUGGAAAGUGCUAGCCUGUCCAUAAUGUGAGAGACUUUGGGGCAAUUUACACAUCCAUGUUUGUUCUGUUGUAACAGCAGAUAUCACAUGAUCGUUUGAAGGCGUGAAAUGGCCAUUGCAGAUCACCUAUCAUGGAAAGAGCAAAGGAAUCACUUGAUAACUGCAACCUCAGUGGAUUGUGUGAAUGGACCCUUAGCAAACUGCUCUGAGCUGUAUUAAUAAUACGUUGUUUUUACAGUAAGAAGUACCUUUUACUUCUUGUUCACUUAUCAGCUCAACUGUAGCGUUAUGGUUCAAUUCAGUCUUGAUAGUUCACUCUCUCUCAGUUUUGAUAUUUGCACAUAAAAUUUUGCCUGGGGUGCAAGUGAGGCUGAAAGAGUACAAUUCUAAUUUAUUUGAAAUAUAUGCUAAGGAAAUGUACCAGUUUUGAUUUUCUUUUUCAACUGCAGUGCCUUUUAGUUCAACACAGUUCAACCAGGAACAUAGCUUGGUUUCAUUCUGCAGCAACACAGAUUUGUGGGUUUAUAUAAUAGAUUAUACUAAGUUUGACAUUCCAUGUUAAAACCAUUGUUGAGUUCAUUGAUUGCAUGUAUGCUGCCAUAGUCCAUCAGAUCACAUUUUCUGGAGAACAAAUGUUAGCCAAUAAAGUUUUAAUUUAGUAUAA